AGACGGUCACCAUUCCACUCCUUCCUCCUCCCUUGGGCGUCCACACAACCUCAUCCCCUACACCUCGAGGCAAUGCUGCCAUGACAGUCUGCAAAUUCUACCUGCAAGAUCGUUGCGCCUUUGGCAAUUCGUGCAAAUUCGAACACCCAGCAGACAAGCGCGCAGCAGCCAAUCUCGCCGGCAGCGGUCCUUCGUCGUCUGGGGGAGGAGGAUUCGGAGCUGGCAAUUCUGCCUUUGGCAGUGGAGGAUCUUUAGCUGGUCGCUUUGGAGCAGCAGCGCCUCCUCCCACUUUUGGAGGAAGCUCUGCCUUUGGCGCAGCAGCAGGCCGUAGCAGCAUCGGCAGUGGAAGCGGCAGCGGCAGUGGCAGCGCCUUUGGAUCGUUCGGAGGGGGGCCAUCAGCCUUUGGGGGUGGGAACAACAGCGCCUCGUCGCCAUCGGCAUUCGGAUCAGGCACUCAGCGGUCAGCCUUUGGAGGAAAUGCGAGCACUUCUAGCCCCUCGGCGUUUGGCCAAUCGGGUGCCUCACAGUCCUCUGCUUUUGGCGCCCCUCAACAGGAGAGUGCAUUCGGCGCUGCCAGCUCACCUCAGCCCGGCGCUCAGAGCAGCCAAGUCCCCUCGCACGUCGCUCCAGGUCAAGUGAAUCUCUCUCAGCAGACAAUAGAAGAGGACCUACGACUAAAUCGUCCCUUGUGGCGCUCCUCAGUCUUCGGUCCAGCCAAGUAUGAGCCGAAUCUGAUUGCUGGUUGUGAUUUCUCGCAGGACGAGCUGAGGGUGGAAGCGCUGCAGGCCAUCUCAGCUGGAGGCAAUGCGGUACAGGAGUACGUCAAGAAGGAGGAAGAGGCGUUUGGGAGAGGUGACGGAGCAGUUCAGCAGGCAUUGGGGGACAAGGCACAAGCUGUGCGGCAAGCAGAAUCAAAUCGGGCACAAGCACUGGCUGCCUUGAAAGGAGGAGCGCAGACAACGAGUACACCUUCGGCAUUUGGUGGCACACCCAGCGGACCUUCUGCCUUUGGAGCAUCAACCACACCUGGACCAUCUGCAUUCGGCGGCAGUGCAAGUCAACCAAGCGCAUCUGCAACUCCCUCUGCCUUUGGAUCAGGAUCAGGUGUAGGGACAUUCGGUCAAUCGACGACUACGGCCUUUGGCAGUCCCUCGGCCUUUGGCAGCCCUUCCGCCUUUGGACAGCAGUCUGCCUUUGGCUCUUCUUCUUCUACCGGCAAUACCAGCGCAUUCGGUAAGCCACAGGCCUUCGGCACUGCUGCUGCCCCAUCAGCGUUUGGGAGCAACACUGGCGGUAGCGCGUUUGGUGCUCCUCACGCAACUCAGUCAGGCUUUGCCUCUUUCGGCUCAAGCUCAACGAGCAACCCUUCUCAACCAACCACAACAGCAUUCGGACAGAGCGCUGCCGCCACUCCAUCUGCAUUCGGUCAACCCUCCGCUUUCGGUUCCGGCGCCGGUGUCGGGACCUCGCAGCAAGCAGGUAGCAGUGCCUUGGGUCAGCAAGCUGCUACUUCGAGUGCAUUUGGUGCAUCAGCGACAUUCGGAUCUGGUACGGGGGCGAGUUUCGGGUCCCAAUCUCAGCCUCAGUCUGGGGGAUUCGGCACAGGCGCAUUUGGCAGCAGCGCUACCUCUGCAACACCCUCCCCUUUCGGCUCAGCUGCUGCUGCUGCUGGUGGUGGUGGUGGUACUGGUGGUGGUGGAGCCUCCGGAGGGUUCGGAGCAGGCAGCACUGCUCGAACUUCCGCAUCGUCAACAAGUGCCAGCCGGGACCCAUAUGCAUCUCUAGCUCCCAAGGAAGAAGAUCUACCGGAAAAGGUGCGGAGCUUGUUCAGAUUGGACCAAUUCGAGUGGGGUGCAGUGCCCGGGGUGGAGCCUCCGUUGUCAGUGAGAUGAAAUGAGAUGAGAUAAGACGAGACGAGACAAGACGAGACAAGAGGGGGCGAUUGCCAAUGUGCAGUGGAGUGCAGUACAGAGAAUGAUCAUGUAUAAUACAACUUCUAUUCCGUUUCCGUUUGAUUCCAGCUUGUACGACGUGUUCUGUACUCCACUCUUUCAGCACGAUCACCCUAGCUUAGCCAAAGUACCUCACUUUCCCUUUCUCUCCACCACUCGCCCUCCGUCCUGAUACCGUCAUCGUCGCACUACACUCCCCUCUCCCCUCCCCCCUGUCCCCCUCUUAUCCUCAUCCUCAUCUCCCAUCCCUCGCAAUUGCCGCCCAGAAAUUCGUAUCAGGUUCGCAUC